UCUCCACCUCUCGGUGGAGGAAUACAAGUUUAUCACCCAGCCAGGGACGGGACGGUCUCUUCUGCCGCUCCUCUCCUCCGUCUAUCGGCUUGCACUGGGUUAUUUCUCCUGUAUGGUGGAUAUCCUGCUCAAUACUUCUUUCUUGGAUGAUAUGGGGGAUCAUUCAAAAAAGAAGUCGGGAAUCGCAAUGUGUGUGGGCUGUGGAAGUCAGAUACACGACCAGUACAUCCUGAGAGUCUCCCCGGACCUGGAGUGGCAUGCAGCCUGUCUCAAGUGUGCAGAGUGCAGUCAGUACCUGGACGAGACGUGCACUUGCUUCGUCCGAGACGGAAAGACUUACUGUAAAAGAGAUUAUGCAAGGUUAUUUGGCAUCAAAUGUGCAAAGUGCAACAUGGGCUUCUGCAGCAGCGACCUGGUGAUGAGAGCUCGGGAAAACGUGUAUCACAUGGAGUGUUUUAGGUGCUCGGUUUGUAGCCGACACCUCCUGCCGGGGGACGAGUUCUCUCUGCGGGAUGACGAGCUGCUGUGCCGGGCGGAUCACGGCUUGCUCGUGGAGAGGAGCUCUGCAGGGAGCCCGCUGAGCCCGGGGAACAUUCACACCAGACCGCUGCACAUCUCAGACACAGUUUCGGUCCGGCAUCCUCCUCAUCACCGGAAUCACGUCCACAAACAGUCCGAGAAGACCACCCGAGUCCGAACGGUGCUGAACGAGAAGCAGCUCCACACCCUGCGGACCUGCUACAACGCCAACCCGAGACCGGACGCUCUGAUGAAGGAGCAGCUGGUGGAGAUGACCGGCCUGAGCCCCAGGGUGAUCCGCGUCUGGUUUCAGAACAAACGCUGCAAAGACAAGAAGAGGUCCAUCCUGAUGAAGCAGCUUCAGCAACAACAACACAGCGACAAAACAAAUCUGCAGGGCCUGACAGGCACAGCUCUGGUGGCAGGCAGUCCAAUCCGGCACGACAACACUGUGCAAGGGAAUCCUGUGGAGGUGCAAACCUACCAACCACCGUGGAAAACCCUCAGCGACUUCGCCCUGCAGAGCGACCUGGACCAGCCCGCCUUCCAACAACUGGUGUCUUUCUCUGAAUCCGGCUCUCUGGGUAACUCAUCGGGCAGUGAUGUGACCUCUCUGUCGUCUCAGUUACCGGACACACCGAACAGCAUGGUGCCGAGUCCCAUCGACACGUGAAGAAGAAGAAGUAGAAGAAGAAGAAGCCUCGAGGUCAAAGCUUGACUCCCUCCCCACCAACACCACCACCUCCACCUCCACCUUUCCCCUUUUCCUAUAGGCCGUGCGCGCACCCGCGUCCUCUGCAGGGACGCGCAGAGACCUCAAGUGACAUUCAAUGAAGAAUAAACGAACAAAAAAAAAAGGACCAGGAUGGAUUAUGAGGAUACAUUCAGGUGUCGACUGGAGGAUUAUAGGUCUGACUGUUUCCUUUACAUCUAUAGGCAUUUUAGCUGCCUUGCUCAAGGACACCUCAGCAGGACAAACAGCUGUUGACGGGCUUUUACUCUCUUCCUACCAUGAUGCCAAUGCCUGAACUGGGCCUGAACUUGGUGAAUAUGUUAUGGGAUUGAAACAGCCUGUACUGGACGCCUGAACGUUAACGCUUACAGUAUGUUUAUCAGGAAAACCCACAAGUACAAACUGUGUAGAUGUGCAUGAUUUGUAAGUUUCAAUAUCGACUCUUGUAAAUGAAUGAAACAGAUGAUGAGAUGCGCAUUGUUGGCGUUUUCUCCAGAAAAUAAGUUAUUAUUAUUUAUUAUGAGGACAGACAUAGCCGAUCUUAUCAAUAAAAAAAAAAACAUAGUUCUAACUGAUUAUUGCAUGCAAAAAUCCAUUUGUUCCAUAAACUUUCAGAGGAUUUAAAAAAAAAAAUCAUAGUCGGCAAAAUAAAUCAGUUUUUUAAGGGGAAUGGAAACGCAUCUGCUGCUUAUAAUGCCUGACACUGUUUUGAAUGGAGGACAGAGCUAGAGGAGCUCCCUUGUUUACACUUCAAAAAGGGUUAAUUCAGUAAAAAAAAAAACCUAUACAAAUAAAUGCAUAAAUACACACGUUUGGGCAAUCAAUCAGAAAUUUUAUAUUUAAGUGUUGCAAAUGUUUAGUUGUGCAGUUUUUUUUUUUUUGGUGAAGCUGUAAACUUCUGCUUAUAAUAGGGCCUGUUCAAUUUCUGAGCAAAGCAUCAGUGAUCCUUGGUCCAACGAGACGACGAGCUGAGGCCUCUUCAUGAUGUUUUUUUUUUUUUUUUUUUUUUUUGAAUGAUGUCCAAAUAGCCUGGGCCUAUAAAUAUACAGCAAAUUUUGCGUAAUGUUUUGUUCCCAUCGGUGAUAAAACGAUAAAAAAACAGUCUCCUUUAGACAAAUGUCAUAGCACCAUACCGACCUGAGGCCCAUGGUUACAAGUCUAGACAGAGGACAGGCAGCGGCGGCCGCUUAUCUGCAUCUGGCAUCAUCUCCAAAGGACACACUGAAUGGACUCAAAACAAAACGCGCAGCCGCGCAGCGCUGACUGGACUCCCAGCCUGCGGACGCAUCCUGGCGUGUCUUGAGUUUAUUUUCAUUCCAGUAGGAAUCCUGAACGGCAAAUAGCCGCUGGACAAAGAGAGCAUGCAGGUCAAGCCGGGACUGACACACUACACCUCAACAAUUUGUUGGGGAGGAUCGGUUUUUUAUCAGUGCAGGAGGAAAUGGGAGUCUCGUUGAAAUUCAGAAAUCCUGUUAAGGCUUUAAGACGUGCUGAUAGACUAAGUCUGUAAACUGUGUGCAAUAGUACAACAGUGGCAACAAUAAAUUUAAGAAGAAAAUGUUGAGAGAGAAACUAAAGAUAGGGCUAUCUAAUGACAUUUGAUAGGCUCACUAUUCAUUUCAAAAUCUGAAUUUGAAAAGGAGAUAUUUUAGUGAAUCCUGGCACAGAAGACUUUAAAAGCUCCAAGAUUUCAACGUCAUCGCUGCCUGCAACUAAACUUUGGACAGGCUGAAUAAAUCACUCCAGUUUCACACUGUGGAAAAAUGCAAAGGGAAGUUUUGUGAAGCUGUUUUUCUAGACAAAAUUUUCCUUUUUUCCUAAAUGCAGCCUGAACAUGCAGCAGGUUGCCUGUCACACACAUUGGUGAUGAUUGGUGGUAGAUUCAAACCUUCUUUUAAAUAUUUUUCAGCACACUGUUUUUAUUACAGAUGUCUGUGUAUUCACAUUUCUUUGAGAGGAUGUCUUCAUUAUCUGAGCUCAUGAGGAUCUAACUGAUAAAAAGACUCAUCACAAAGGCAAACCACAGCAGAAGUGUUGAUAUUUGUUAAGUCACACUCAGAUUAUCACUAUUUUCUGUCAAAACAGAAUAAAACCACAGAACAACACAUAACCGUAUGUAUUUUUAAUAUUCAAUAAGUGAAUAACUCAAUAAAUUAUAUUAAUUUAUAAGUGGCUCCUAACCGAGAGAAAAAAAGAAAAGAAAAAGAUGUGAACAUGAAAAAUAGAACUCUCAACACAUAUUUGCAAUCAAGGCAGGUCAUGUAACUGGCAUUAUGUAGACUAGAGAACAUUCUGGUAAUUCACAUUUAAAAAUGAGAAGGAAAAAAAAAUGCAAUAAAUUAACACAAACAGUGCUGAUGAAAAAAAAAACGUUUGGCAAAUUAUAAAUUACAGUAUAAGUAAACGUUUCACUGCACUGAAAAUGGAUCCAUUUCUAUCUACAACAGAAACAAAAAGAGAAACAAAUGGCUUGUUUAGACAGUAAAUGGAAUAGUUGUGCAUGUGUUCUAACUACAAUGUACAAACAAGACAUCUUGUGCAAAUUCCUCCAUAAACAUCAAUCUGAUUUCUAAAAAAAAAAAAAUCAAAACAGCUGAACCGA